AUGUUUUCCUCGUCAUUGGGCAGGUGGCCUGCGCAUCUGUAUCGAAGGCCGGACAUGCACUUUUAUAAUUUAAAUCUUUAUUCUUCCUCUCGCUCGACACCGCCCAAUUCCGAUCCGCCUGCCCCCACUACUCCGAUCAAGCCAUCUGUGUGGACACGAAUUAAAAGCGAAGUGGAGCAUUAUAAGCAAGGAUCUGUAAAAUUCGGCAAAGAAACCAAAUCUUCGUUUAAGCUGCUGUUCCGUGUGUACAAGGCUGGGACAAUUGAUUCGCUAACCCGUCGUGAAAGGAUCCAACUGGCCAGAACCGGAGCAGAUAUGCUUCGCUUGGUUCCGUUUUCCAUUUUUGUAAUAGUCCCUCUGCUCGAAUUUUUGCUUCCAUUUUUUAUUAAGGUAUUUCCCAACAUGCUCCCGUCAACAUUUGAGAAUCAAGAGGCCCGAAAAACGCGUCUUGAAACCAUUUCAAGGGCAAGAAAAGCGGCGCAUGACGCUCUUCAUUUGGUUCUUCUGGAGGUUUCUACCUCGGACAAGCAGCCUAACAUUCCCGCCAAAAAGCUGGCCGAGAUCCUUCAAGAGUCUAAUAUCAAUGCCUCAACUCAGCCGCUAAAAGAAAGAAUGGCUGAACUCACUUCUUUGCUAAAAUCCAAUCAAAUUUCGCAAUACGGAUUUACCCCAGAGUCGAUAUCCGGCCAACAUUUGCACGCAAUAUGCUCACUGCUAGGCUUGGGCCCGAUUCGGGCAGAUAAGCCUCGGCCACUGCCACUGGCCAAAAUUACAAAUUCAAAGUUGGUUUUUCUUGGUACCGAUGCGUUAAGACGAUACCAAUUGAGAAAUCAUUUAAAGGAAGUCAAAAAAGACGACAAACUCAUUUCAGCAGAGGGAGUGGACUCGCUUCUGCCUGCAGAGCUUGUCCACGCUUGUCACAUGAGGGGUAUUCCUACAUUCAACCAGGAUCCGUCAAAGACGGAGGAAGAGCAUUCGAAUACGCUCAAGGCCGAUUUGCAGCAAUGGCUAGAUCUCACGGGGCACUAUGGAUUUCCGAUGAUUUUGGUUAUCCUGAGCAAUGCACUGCUGAAAAAGUAA